GCCGGAGCGUUUUGUUUGCGUAGAAGGAAAAAAAAAAAAAAAGAAAGAAGAGUCAGAGAAAGACCGGUGAGGAGAGCAGAGCGUGAGAACUACGUACCGGCGACGUACUGCGUCAGCAGCGGCCUAGCUCCGCCACACGGCAGUCACUUACCGGCCGCCGCCGCUUCCUUUUGUUUCCUGAGUGGAUUAUAACAGUCUCCGGCCGUCAAGUCCAGGCCUCAGUGACCGGCCGCACCACCACCGGCCCCACCGUCUGACGCAGCUCCGGAGACCUCCUUGCCCCGGUUGGCAUGGAGGCAACAGCAGGCACCGACAAGAAGCGGAUCAGUUCAGACCGUCGGAAGGAGAAAUCCAGAGAUGCAGCGCGGUGUCGUCGAAGUAAAGAGUCCGAGGUCUUCUAUGAACUCUCCCACCAGCUGCCGUUGCCUCACAAUGUCAGCUCCCACCUUGACAAAGCCUCCAUAAUGCGACUCGCCAUCAGCUAUCUGCGUAUAAGAAGGCUCCUCGAUGCAAAUGAUGCGGACAGCGAGUCUGAAGUGGAGAAGCAGCUCAACUGCUUUUAUCUGAAGGCCUUGGAAGGGUUUGUCUUGGUCCUGACUGAGGAAGGAGACAUGAUAUACCUGUCUGAAAAUGUCAACAAGUGCAUGGGGCUUACACAGUUUGAGCUUACUGGGCACAGUGUAUUUGACUUCACCCACCCUUGUGACCAUGAAGAGCUGAGGGAGAUGCUGACCUUUAGGAAUGGACCAGCUAAAAAGGGGAAGGAACAAAUCACCGAGCGGAGCUUCUUCCUGCGAAUGAAGUGCACGCUCACCAGUCGAGGAAGAACGGUCAAUAUAAAGUCUGCCACAUGGAAGGUCCUUCACUGCACAGGGCACAUGCGCGUCUAUGAUUCCUGCAACAACCAGAACCAUUGUGGAUAUAAAAAGCCACCCAUGACUUGCAUGGUGCUGAUCUGCGAGCCAAUCCCCCACCCAUCAAACAUUGAAUUCCCAUUGGACAGCAAAACCUUUCUCAGCCGCCACAGCCUUGACAUGAAGUUCUCUUACUGUGAUGAAAGGGUAACAGAACUGGUUGGAUAUGAGCCAGAAGAGCUUCUCGGACGGUCAGUCUAUGAGUAUUACCAUGCGCUGGACUCUGACCACCUGACUAAGGCACAUCACGACAUGUUCACCAAGGGACAGGUGACUUCAGGACAGUACAGAAUGCUAGCCAAGCAAGGGGGCUAUGUCUGGGUGGAAACGCAAGCCACCGUCAUAUACAACACAAAGAACUCCCAGCCACAGUGCAUUGUGUGCGUCAACUACGUCUUGAGUGGCAUUGUGGAGAAAGACCUGAUAUUGUCCGUUGGCCAGACAGAGUCUACUCUGGCGCCCGCCGAGUCUGCCGAGGUGAAGAUGCCUCCCAUCUUCACUGACCUGGACAAAGAGGACGACAUGUCUAGCAGUCUGUUUGAUGAAUUGAAGAAGGAGCCAGAGUCCCUGACCGUUCUUGCUCCAGAUGCUGGCGAUGAAAUAAUUGCAUUAGACUUCAGUUCUAGCGAUUCUGAGCAGUCCUUUGAUGAGGUUCCAUUGUAUAAUGAUGUAAUGCUCCACCCAACCAGUAAGCCACCGGAGAUCAUGUUGGUGUCUCCCAUCCCAGCACCGGAGAAGCCGAAGCCUCUGCGCAGCAGUGCUGACCCUGCACUCAACAGAGAGGUGGUGAUAAAGAUUGAGUCAAGUCCUGAACAGCUGGAGCUGGCAUUCACCAUACCCCAACUCUCCAAGCCGUCCAGCCCAUCCGAGCUCAGCAGCAGCCAGAGCUCCACGGAGCCCGGCACACCUGCAGAGUAUUGCUUCAAUGUGGAUGAUGAAAUUGCCAGGGAGUUUAAGAUGGACUUGGUGGAGAAACUCUUUGCGAUGGACACGGAAUCAAAGACCGCAUUCUCCACACAGGAAACCGAUUUGGAUCUGGAAAUGUUGGCUCCUUACAUCCCAAUGGAUGAUGACUUCCAGCUGAGGACCUUCGAUCAGCUUUCCUCCUUGGAGAGUGAAUCUGCGCACCCCCAGCCUUUAGGACACAUAGCCAGUCUGUUUCAGCCAACCAGCACACCCAUCACUACCGAUCUGAAACCAAUCAGCACCGAGGCAAUGAGCGACCCCAAGACCAUCAUUGUCCACUCGCCCUCCCAGGUGAUGAAAGAGGUGCCUAGCGCCCCGCCAUCGCCUUACAGUGGUAACCGGAGUCGCACAAGUUCUCCUGUAAGGAUGGACAAAACGUCAGAAAAAACAGACAGAUCCCGCCCAGGAACCCCAAAUAUACAAAGUCCGCUAAGCAAAAGAUCUACAGUCCAGGACGAGGACAUUAGUCCAAAGAUGAUAGCGUUACAUAAUGCCCAGAGAAAACGUAAAAUUGAAAGCGAUGGCCUGUUUCAAGCAGUGGGAAUCGGGACUCUGUUUCAAACGAAUGUUGACCCAGGGCCGAGCACUCCUCUGUUAUGGAAACGUGUCAAAGGCGAUGACCAGGACCAGCCAACUAGGGCCGAGCAGAGAACAAUUCUCCUGUUGUCCACAGACAUGGCCAGUCGAUUGCUUGGGCAGUCACCAGAUGGCACCAGACUUCCUCAGCUGACCAGUUACGACUGCGAAGUGAACGCCCCCAUCCAAGGAAACAGGAACCUGCUACAGGGAGAGGAAUUAUUAAGAGCUCUUGAUCAAGCAAACUGAUCCUCGCUUUCUUCCACUUCUGGACACUUUUAAACCUCCACCACCCAAAGCAGUGUAUUUAUAUUUUCUAGAUCUGAUAUUAGAAGCCUGUCUACAAUACCGCAUUACUUCAGUUUGCGCCGUCUUCUCCACCAUUUUUAUUUUAUUUACAGAAGGCACCUCUUUCAGCUCCAUUUAUACAAAUACAUACCAGUAUGCUACUUAACAAUAUACCUUAACUCAGCGCGCACCUUCUGUCCUCAUUUUUGAUGCUGAAAGGAAGACAAAAAUUCACAAAAACAAAUCCAGACUCAGCGGCUUCCUUUGUUAUUCCAUUAAAAGUUCAGUUCAUUUUGCUCGGUCUCCAUGUUGCCCUGACCUCCUCCUAUGUUAUCCUGCACAGAAAACAAUGCUUUGCCAGCGGUGCAUUGUAGUCACGAUCGCACAAUAUAUAUUUUCUUAAGAAAACAAGAAAUACCAGCAAGUUCUUCAUGCAAUAGAUGUGAUGCAUUUUUAAUGUUUAGUUUAUAUAUUUUUUUUGUGUUGGAUUCUUUAUAGUUUACCGUAUAUUGUCUAAAAAAAACAAAAAAAAUCACACCAAGGCCUGACGUUUAUUACCAUUCUUCCACCUGUUGUAAUGUAACCAGUGGCUAUGGCAGAAAAUGGAAAAAGCUUAGAGAUGUAAUCACCACAACCUUUUUUGAAGGUGGGUAUCUACCAGUAGAAAUAUCUAGAUGAAAUAGAGAAAAAAAAAAAUAUAUACUCUUUCGUAAGAGAUGUUAAUGUAGCAGAUUGUAUGACAGCUCUGAAGCUCGUUCUUGUAAGCCUCCAUGGCAGGUUUGUAACCAUAUGAAAUGUACAUGUUUACCGCCCACUCGUGGUGUAGAAAUUCAAGCUCACUUAAAUAAAAAAAAAAUGUAAAAGGUUAAAAAAAAAAAAAAAAAAGUAGAAGGGCAUCAUGUUUGCUUGGUAUUUGAUUUUAAGCACUUUUACCAUCUUCUAAUUUUGCCUAUGAAGUUCAAUUAGUAAAAACCUCUUUUUAGAAUUUUUUUUAUUUUUUUAUUUAGAGGUUGUCGUAAUUGUAACUCUCAGCAUCUGCUCAGUGUGAUCGUACGUUGCAGACUGUGCAAAAUGUAAUUUUUUUUUUGCUGUCUGUGGUUGGAUCUAACACUAACUGUAUUGUUUUAUGACAUCAAUAAACAUUAUACGUGGACCAGGCCACACAUGCGAGCAA